GGGUCCAAGAAAUACAGUGGCAAUGAAUGGGACAAAAAGGGCGCCGAUUGGGGCAAAGAGGGCCAUAAGAAGUACGAUUCCGGGGAUAAGUGGGGGACUAAUAAGUGGAAUAAAAACGAUAUGAAUCAAUACGGAGACAAAUGGGGAAAGGAUUCGGGGAAAAAAAACGCCGGCGGUUUUGAGGAGUGGGGGAACGACGCCAAGUGGAAGACCGAUAAGGGAAAGGGAUACGAGAAAUCUUAUGAAUACGAUAAGUCUGACGGACAUAAAAACUCAUACGGAAAGAAAGGCAAGAGUGAUACGUCUAAAUACGACAGCGCACACGGAGAAAAGCACGGCUACAACAAAAAGGACAUGGGAGGCAAAGACAACUUCGGCAAAAAAAUGAACAAUGGCAAAUCGGGAUUCCAAGACUGGGGCAAACAAUACAAGAGCGGCGGCAAAGAGAACAAAGGCAUGAAUUUCUACGAGCAUAAGAAGCCGUCCACUUAUAAGGCGUCCAAAUGGGACAAAAAGGAGAUGAAAAAACCCCCUCCGCCUCCGCCCAAGAAGUACUCGGGCGGCGGUGGAGGCGGUGGUGACGGCGGUUAUGGCGGUGAGGCUGAGGGCGGCUACGAAGGCGGCGACUUCGAGAUGGGUCACGACGACGGGGGCGCCGCUCAGUAUGACUUUGGCGCCGGCGGUGAUGGGCUGGCCUACGAUGAUCAGGGUAUGGGCAGUGGACAGUACGUCACGUUCACCGACUUAAAGAACCAAGGUUAUGUCGUCAUCGACGAGACCGCCGGCCAAAAGGCCUGUCACGCAAAACUCUGUAUAUAA